AUGCAUUUUCGGAUAUUCGAGUUUUCAUUUGAUCUCGACCAGAUCGACAAAGGAGCAGUAUAUCAGUUAAUCAAACAAAAUCCGGAGCGCAGGCGGUUCAUCCAAAAGUAUUUCGAAAAAUAUCCAGAUUGGCCAUUAGUACGCAUGAAAAAACCGUCACCAUCUGAGAAGCCAGCCCAGGCUGUAGUGGUCUGCGAAUUCUUCCUUUUUGAACCGUUGAAAUUUUAUCUUUAUGUCCAAUUCGAUUUUCUUGGUCUCAAAGCAUACGACCGUAAUCAAGAUCGUGUAACGGCCUAUGUGGUAUCUACCGAUCGAGCACUUUGUGUUCUGCGUUUUCCUCCGAGGAGCUCCUCAAUAAGUGGAGCGAACUGUUUCGACUAUCCGUGCGAAAUACGUGGACAUUUGCAUCUGGACGAAACGAUCUUCAGAGGGUCGUCCAGGAUUCAUGCGGUUGCAAGAAAAUCAUCGGUGCCGGUAAGAGUUGAAGGUGAUCUAAGGGAUGCGCUGAGCUAUGAAAUGGAUCCAGCAACAUUGGCUAUACGGUUGAAAAAAGAGGCGCUGAUUGAUCUGCUUCCAAUUCUUCAGUUUGACAUACUACCUUGCAAUCAACCUCUUCCUCAUGUUGUGUGGCAAUACCAUACCGAGUGCACACCAGUAUGCUUGGCGGGACUGGACCGUGAUCCUGCAGAUCCGCAGUUUUACAAAUGUUCACCCUUACAUAUCCCACUUCUGUGUGGAUGGCGACGGAUGUUGUAUGUGCAUGAAAGCUCACUAAGGCGAGGAUGUGAGAAUCGCAUUCUCUAUCGUGCACCGUGUGGACGAUCAUUGAUAUCGAAAAAAUACAUUGCAACAUAUUUAAGGGAAGUCGGAAGUGAGUUGACAAUUGAUCUGUUUUGCUUCGAUCCUGCCAUAGAAACGAAGAAUUUUGUACACGAGAACCCCUACGCCGCCGACUCCUCUACUGUCGCAUGUUCGGAAGAACAGUUCUUCUCCGGCGUCAUAGACGGCGUUGAGUGGCUGGCGUCGUCUUGUCUCGACAAGGCCGGUGUCGUCGCCCUCUAUCCGUCUUGUCUGCAUUAUCAACUCUUCUAUCGAGGACUCGAAUCAAUGAUUCCAUUGACGCUGGGAUUUUGGCGAUUUUGGCGAUCUCCUGACUUCGCAGGAGGUAUGGAGAAUAUGCCAAUACCCGUGGUGAACACAGUGGACGAUGAUGAUCCUCCUAAGGCUGCUCGUGCACUGGUUGGUGCAUUUCAGGUGUUCAAAAAAUUUGGUGAAAAGAUUACGCUAAGAGAACUAUAUGCAUGGUACAGUUAUCGUGCAUUGCUUGGGAAAACUAUUACUGGUAUUUAUGAAUGCAAUGAUAACUGUGGCUGUCAACAUAAGCGUUGCUAUAAUCGUGUCGUUCAGCAGCCGAUUAAGUAUCCAAUACAGAUUUACAAGACGGCACAGAGCGGUUGGGGUGUUAGGACAUUAUGUGACAUUCCAGCAGGAGCAUUCAUAGCUAACUACGUCGGAGCUCUUCUAACAGAUAGUCUUGCUGAUGCGCUACAGGGUGAAGACGAAUACUUUGCUGAUCUUGACCUUAACGAUGCGGUGGAGAACGAAAAGGCGACAACUCUGGAGAAAUGCGGAUAUUUGGACAUGGGAUUGGGUAGUUCCGACGAUGAGAUAAAUGAACCGGUUAAACCACGAAUAGACGCUGCAGCAGCCAUCAGUGAUGACACGAUGUUCAAAUGGUCUGAUUACUUCGGUGAGAACAAUACGCUAUUCGUAGUGGAUGCAAAGAAAAAAGGAAAUGUUGGACGAACGGUCUUCGUUGGACAACCUGUCAAAGGUAAGAAAGAAUCUGUGCCGGGAAACAAACGGCCGCAGAUUACACUCACGUUGCCCACCGACAUUACCCCACUUGUCAAUGUGGAAUUCCCAUGCGCCCUUCCUGGAUGUCAGGCAAGCGCAGUGAGCUCCGCUCAGUUGAUUAUUUCGGAGAGCAUCACAUCUGUCCCUGUAUGCAUUGCUUUGCAAGUUCGCAUGUUAGUUUGCCGUUGCCUACAGCUCGUGCGAUUCCACGUUGGCGUACCAACUGAACUGUUUCUGGAGACGUCUCUUGGUGACUUUCGCGCGCUUAGCUUUCAUUGCGCUCGACGCGAAAAUGUCGAAUGGGUCGAUCGUAUUCCUCGUCGACGUUAUCAAGAACGGCAUCUUCCCAAGAGCCCACUAAUGAAUUGA